AUGGAUUUCUCGGCUUUGAACGAAGCUGUGGCGUUCAAAUCAUACGAUCGUAUCGCCGAGAUUUGCGACAGUCUCAUGCUUCAGGUUGCAUCUGAAGGUGUCGCUUAUCAGGACGAGUGGCCCUACGCCGUUCAUCUACUCGGUCACAUAUACGUCAACGAUAUCAAUAGCGCGAGGUUUUUGUGGAAGAAGGUGCCAUCGGCUGUGAAGGAGGGCCAGCCGGAGGUGUCUGCCGUGUGGAAAAUCGGCCAGAAGCUCUGGAUUAAGGACUAUGGAGGUGUUCACGAGGCUAUCCGUGAGUUUAACUGGACUCCACAGACUCGGGAAAUAGUCGCAGCCUUCUCGGAGCUUUAUACUAAAAGGAUGUUUGACCUGCUGCUCUCUGCUUAUUCCACAAUAAGCAUUCAAGACACGGCUGUUUUCCUAGGGAUGAAGGAAGAUGACGCCACAAACUAUGCACUCGGACACGGUUGGACAGUGGACCCUGCGACCCAAAUGCUCACCGUGCAAAAGCAAGCAGUUGCGAACGAGCAGAAGCUGGACCCGAGUAAAUUGCAACGGCUGACUGAAUAUGUUUUUCACCUCGAGCACUGA